ACGAAAAUCAACGGUUUGCGGCACUUCUGAAAUUCCUGGAUGAACCGUCAAGUUCGCUCCUCAGUUCUAUCACGAGAUCGGAUUCGAAGAACCCGUACACUGAGGCUAAAAAACUUCUUGUCAAAGAAUUUUCUUUGUCCAAAUUUGACAGGGUCAAAGCGUAUAUCCAGGAUAAGUCGCCUGCUGCCGAUGAACGUCUAACACACUUUGCUUCCAGAGUCGAAGUUCUUAUUGAAGAUCUCUCUCUUGAUGACUUCCGGAAAUACUGCAUCCUACGGCAUGCCCCUGCUGCAGUUCGUCUCCAAUUAGCCGGGAAGAAGUUCGACGAAAUGGAA